CUGCACACAGGUUCCGUCAUGAAUUCCAACGGUGUCUACAGGGAUGUUUGUGGCAUCAACCUCUCCGGGGCAUUCCAGGAGCACAUCAUAAAAGAAGCUCUCGCGUACAGACCGAGGCAAGGGGACGUGUUCAUCGUAUCCUACCCAAAGUGCGGCACAACAUGGACACAGCAUAUCGUGUACGCCAUAUUUAACGACGGCAUGUCACCCAAGGACAUGGACGAAUUUAUGCGGAGGUCCCCCUUUCUGGAGAUGAUUGGAGCGGGUGCCGCCGAAACCAUGCCACGUCCUGGUGCGAUCAAGACACACCUUCCAUUCCUCCACCAGCCCUACUCUCCUCAAGCAAAAUACAUAUACGUCAGUCGUAACCCAUACGACUGUUGCGUUUCAUACUAUUAUCACUGCAAGUCAUUCCCAACGUACCGGUUCACCGACCAGCCAUUCGACAAGUUCUUCGACAUGUUCGUCGAAGGAAAAGUGGAAUUCGGUGACUACUUUGACCAUCAGAUAUCAUGGUACGACCACAGAAACGAUGACAACGUGCUCUUCGUCACCUACGAGGAACUGAAGAUGGAACCCCGUGCCGGAAUUCUUAAGAUAGCCAAUUUUCUGGGAGAGAACUAUGGCAGAAAACUACGGGAGCAACCAGAAAUUUUGGACAGGGUGUUGAACGCGUCGAGCUUGAAGACCAUGAAGGGAUUCAACGAGGAAUUCAAGAAAUGGGGGACAAAGGCUGUGGAGAUAUUGAAAGCGACUGGAAGGUACCAGCCGUACGCCAUCGAAUCAGCGGAAGUAUUGAACAAGCCAAUAACGGGAGAAUUUGUACGUAAGGGAAUCGUCGGUGAUUGGAAAAACCACUUCACUCCCGACCAAAUAAGGCGUAUGAAAGACAGGAUAGCCUUCAAAACAAAGGGCAGCACCCUGAUGAGUCUGUGGAAAGACGUUGGCCUCCCGUGAGCAGUGUGUUUGUUGCUUACGAAUAAGGUCAAACACUCAGUAGCUCUGCACCCCUCGUAUUUUAUCACAGACUGCAUUGCCUCAGUUGCUACGGUGUUCUGCUGCGAAAAGAAAAAAAAGUUUUACGUUCGUUUGAAACCCGCUGCGGUGUCAUCUCGAUGAUGACCAUUGAUUAUCUACUCGUGUAUUUAAAUUUAGCUAACGUUGAAGAACCACAGGUGGUAGAAAUUUUACAGGAGACCCCCACUACUGCCUGUGCUGUAGCUUCUCGAUAUUCAACACCAACAUAGUGCUCAUUUAAAAAAGCACGUAUAACAUUCUUCAUGAGGAUAAAAACUGGCAUAAUUAGUUGCCUAGUACGUUAACGAGCUCUAAGACGAUGUUGACAUUCAUAAAAACAAAAUUUGGGAACAAAAAGUACAUGAAUCAAUCUUCGUUGUUUUACGUAACUUCGACCUUACCCUUCAAACCGUAGCUUUUUUACCAGUGGAAACACUCACGGUUCUAUUCAUAUAUCAUGCAGCCAACACAACUUGUACUUUUUUGAGGACGUGUGAAAAAUGAAAGAGAUUUUAACAGCGUAUACUUGCUUGGAGAAGGAAAAGAAGCAAGAUGGAACUCAAUGUAGUGAACAGUGCCUACAGAACAAUUACAGUGUUGAGCGUCAAUAUAUUGCGUCGGCAUUAUUGUCGCACGCAGUGAAGAGUUGUAUCGAUGUCCUCUUCCAGCUUGCCCUUUCUUUCUUCCCUGCUUCGAUAUGAAAAUUUUGCAUUCUCCCCACAUCUUGUCCAUACGGGGUUUCGUUAGUUCAUCAUGAGUGGUCUAUGGUGAUACGCAAGGUGAACAACAUUGAUAAUGAUCAAUUCGUAGUUGAUAAAAUGGUGCUUAACUCUUUUACGGAUAAAAUGAUCCUUGUACAGGAACGUAGCAUUCGUCCUGAAUGUUUCAUCUAUUUAUAUCUUGUUUUCGUGCUUUCCAAAUAAAUGCACAAACAA